UGGAUGGUUCCUCGAGCAAAAGAUGGCAUAUGAAGUUUCGAAGAGUGUUUAACCAUGAUAAAAUGGCGACUAGUCAUCUAACGAUUGAUGCUGAGUUCCAGACAGUGAAGCUAGCUGUAUUAGGUGCACCAGGGGUCGGGAAAACCUCGAUAAUUCGACAAUUCGUAUGCAGCCAGUACAGUGAUGAAUAUCUCAGUACAGAUAAGAAACAAGUGUUUUGUCCAUCAGUGAUCAUCAACGAGCAUUUGUAUGAAUUGAAAAUUAUAGAUUGUCCUUAUAUACCAUAUUUCCCAGUGAAUUCGCUGUAUGAGUGGACGGAUUUUCGUGGCUAUGGAUUACGCAAUGCCACUGCCUAUUUAUUAGUGUAUGAUAUCACCUCUGAGGAUAGCUUCCAAUAUAUCAAGAAUCUGCGUGAUCAGAUUUUGGAGAGUCGGGACAUGCACGAUGUGCCUAUAUUCGUUGUGGGGAACAAGCAUGAUCAAUCGGAGGAGAGGGGCAUGCCCCGUAGGGAGGUGAUUAAUCUAGUGAAAAAACAAUGGAAAUGUGGUUAUAUCGAAUGCUCAGCUAAGUUUAAUUGGCAUAUUAUUUUAUUAUUUAAAGAAUUAAUGAAAACAUUAGACUAUAUCGACUAUGGUCACAAACCUACAGCAGUUCGAGUCCAGAAUGCUUUAAGAAGGAAUCGGUGUCUUAUAUUAUGAUAGGAGAUACUGGAAUCUUUCGAAACAUCGCUUCAUAACACCUAUAAUGUGAUACUUGGUGAUUAGUGUAAGUUUU